AUGUCAUCAUCCAAUGAGCAUUCUAAAUGCAAACCAAAAAAAGUUCAAUGUCAUUGUCCAAAAUGUAAAGGGAAAUUUGUAGAUCAAAGAACGCAACAAGAGCAUAUUAGCCUAGCCGAUAUUGAUAAGGAAGAACCGCUACCAGUAUUCCAACUGAAAAUUGAAGGUUCCGGAACUGAAUAUUCAAAUAACAAUAGUUAUGAAAAUGAUGAAAGCAAUGAUUCAGAAAAUGAAGAAGAUAGUACAACUAGUGACGAAGAUGAAGAAGAUAGUACAAUCAGUGAAGAGGAUAAAGAAGAUAGCUCUGAUAUGGAAGACAAUAUAAUAAGAAAAUUUAAAGAUAUAUCACCAGCUGAAGAAGAUAAUAUGAAUCUUGACCAAUCUUUAGAAAUUUCACAACUAUAUAAUGUAUAUCAGAAAUCUGAUGAUAAUGAAUCUAUGAUAAUUGAAGAUGAAAUGCCAGAUGAGCCAAAUAAUUUACCUUCUUCAAGCGAUUCUUUGAAUGAUUUAAGUGAUUCGAGUAAAUCUUCAAUAGAUUCACAAGAACAUAAAUCUAUUAAUUUUAUUCCACCAGAAAUCGAUCCUGAAGUUUUUGUUCCACCAUUCAAUUUUGAAGAUAAUUCGAAUGAUUGGAUAAUCUUAUAG